UCCUGGAUGGCAUUCUUACAGUCGUCGACGCCAAUCAACAGUUUUCAUCAUAGUCAAGUGCCUUGCAAAAGUUUAGAAAAUAGUUGUGGUUCAUUAUAUGCUGUAUUCUUUAAGAGAUAUACUAGCAAGAAGUUGUCGUUACCUCUAUCCAUUUUCUAUGGUCAGCGAAAGCUCGCCUUGAAACAAAGCAAUACUUUGCAAAGUGCAAAAGAAAUCAAGUCUUCAACCCGGAUGCACAUAAAAGGUGGUGCAGAGGAAGAAGAACAAAUUGCCGCAGAAGAUCAAGCGGAAGCUAAACAAUAUGAACAGUUGAAGAAAACUCCAAUAGACAGGGCCAUCAGUCCCACUUUGGCAAAGAAACUUGAAACUUUGCCUCCUAGAUUCCGAAACUAUUGCAGCGUGUUACCUGAAGACGUCAAUCUCAUUCCUUUAGGAACAAGAGCAACAAAGAUAGUCUGCACCGUGGGUCCCUCCACUUGUCAACCAGCUCAGUUGAUGCAACUGAUUGCGGAGGGUGCAGAUGUUCUUAGAUUGAAUAUGUCGCACGGAGACUUUGCUUGGCAUCAAUUAGUCAUAGAAAAUAUUCGGGAAAUAGUGACCAAUAGCCCUUUUGUUGUGUCGGUUAUGGUCGACAUUGGAAGUUUAGACUCUGUUCGGAUAGGAGAAUUUACUAUUGAGCCGAAACUGGAGAAGAAUCAACGCUUUGUUUUGACUAUUCGACAUGAACCCUCAUAUCCUCCUUUUACUAGUGAAGUGAGUUAUGAUGGUUUUGUCAAUGUUGUCAAUGUUGGAGACCUGAUUCAAAUAGAGAAUGGAACUGUGCAAAUGUUGGUAGAAGAAGUUACUCACACGGAUGUUAUUUGCAAGGUCAUUGAGAGUGGAACUUUGAAAAGUAGAGCUCCUAUUUCAAUCCGAGGGAAAUCGUAUGCUCUUCAUUCACCUAGUGAUCCCGAAGCCUGUUCACCAUACAUGGCAGGCUGUGACCCAGAUGCAGAUAUUGAGUUUGCUAUUCGUCAGCGAGUGGAGUAUAUUGCUCUUUCAUUUGUAGAGUCCGCAGAACAAGUCAAUCGGUUAAAGAAUCUCAUCAAAGAAAGGAAUGCCAAUAUUGGAGUGGUUGCUAAAAUUGAAAGUAAAGCAGGAUUGGAACAUUUGGAGGAGAUUGUUCAAUCUUCCGAUGCAGUGAUGGUUGCAAGAGGAGAUUUGGGUACUGCUAUUCCUUAUGAAAUGGUUCCUGUUUGGCAACAAAGGAUUGUUUCUCUAUGUCGACGUUAUAAGAAACCUUGCAUUAUAUCCACACACUUUUUAGAGUCCAUGGUACAGUAUCCUACACCAACCAGAGCGGAAGUUACGGAUAUUGCGGAAGCCGUGAAACAAAAGACGGACGCUCUUAUGUUAACCACAGAAACUGCCAGUGGAAAGCAUCCAUUUAAAGCAAUUCAGAUCAUGCAUUCGGUUGCCGUUCGGAUGGAACAAAAGUUGAAACAAGAUACUCUCGACCCUUUUUUGCAUUCAUGGAGUCCCAACCAAGUUUCAAGAGUCAAUGGAAUGGUGCCGAUUGCCACCAUAGCAGAGAACAUCUCGUCAUCGGCUACUGUUUUGGCUAAUCAAAGAAAUGCAAAGGCUAUCCUUGUAUUUACUCAAAAGGGAUUCAUGGCCUCCUUAGUUUCCAAUUGUCGACCUAAUGCUCCUAUAUAUGCAUUUACCCCAACACCAACUAGUCGUAAUCGGUUGAGUCUUCUGUACGGCGUAAGAGGUUUCCGUAUUGUAUUUUCUGAUGACCCUGAAAUAACUGUACAACGUGCUAUUCAGACACUUUUCCUUCGAGGUUGUUUGCAAUCAGGAGAUUUGGUGGUAGUGGUUGCGGAUAUUCUCGGUGGUGCUCCAGUCAUUAGUGAAGAGCAAAUAGAAUCUGUAUUUCAUUCUCUUGGAGAUUCCAAAGAGCAACUUCCCGUAUCUUUUGUCCGAAGAGGCCUUCGUCAAUUGGGACUCAAGAUCAGCGAUGCCAUUGAGGCAGAAUGGAGUAUGCGAGAUGUUGACUUGGAAGAUAGUAGCCGAGAAAAGAUUGCUAUUGCAGAAGAAGAGAAUACAACGCAUCGAAGGAAUCCCGAGUUAGCCAAUCAUUCUGAAGGAGAAGGCUUUACUUUGCAACGCUUCAAAACAAUUGUUGCCAACUCUAGUGAAAUUAUUCAUUCUAUUCAAUUGAGAAUAGUUUAGUUACAUAGCUCUUGUACUUUCUAAGUU